AUGCCCCCCCACAUCCACCCCCCUGGGGGCAUCGACCUGCCCCCGCCCAGCUUGACCACCCGCCACCUGGCCAGACCUGUCUUCCUCUGUGUCCUCUGCCUCCUGGCAGCGCUGCUGCCACCAGCCUCCUCCUGCCCUUCUCCCUGUCUCUGCUACUCAGAUGGCCUGGUGGACUGCGGGGGCCGGGGUCUCUCAUCCCUGCCUCCCCUUCACCUCCUGCCUCCGGGGAGUCGCUCCCUCCUGCUAGCCAACAACAAGCUUGCCUCGCUGGGAGCCUCUGCCUUCGCUAACCUCUCCUCUCUGGAGGAGCUGGACCUCUCGAAUAACUACCUGGAUAAUUUACCGGCUGGAUUAUUUAGAGACAUGUCCAACCUGACAAGACUGACUCUGCACAACAACUCACUAACAGUAAUGGACAGAGAACUUUUCCAGGGUUUGGGAGGUCUUCAGAGUUUGGAUCUGUCCCUGAACGGUCUGUCCUCUGUUCCUCUGGGGCUGCUGGACGAGCUGCAGAGCCUCAGGUGGCUGUCUCUAGCGGGUAACAGGCUUCAUGGUUUGGAGAGGGCAGCAUUUGAGCCGCUUGCCAACCUACAACACCUGGAACUGGGACAAAACCCCUGGGAGUGUGACUGCAACCUCCGCGAUUUCAAACACUGGAUGGAGUGGCUGCUGUACAGAGGGGGGAAGGUGGACGCGGUGGAGUGCACGCUACCGAAGGAUCUGCGUGGGCGAGACAUCCGUGGAGUUCCAGUGGAAAUGUUCAACUACUGCCUCCAACUUGAAGAUGAGAACGGAGGAGGAGGAGGAGGUGAGGGCUCUCGUUCCGGACAAGGAGGCGUUCCUCCCUGCAGCAGGAACGCUCUUAGUCCCAGUGGGGAAACACCAAUUUCUGACAGCAGCAACGCUGGGGAUGACUCCUCUUCAAACACGGGAGGUGGAGGAGGAGGUGGGGGCGGAGAGGCCUCGUCAGAUUGUGUCCGCGCUCGCUACCGACCCGUGAGUGUGCGCCGCGCCAUCGGCACAGUGGUGAUUGCUGGCGUGGUGUGCGGCAUCGUUUGCAUCAUGAUGGUUGCAGCUGCGGCUUACGGCUGCAUCUACGCCUCGCUGAUGGCCAAGUAUCAGAGAGAGCUGAAGAAGAGGCAGCCACUGAUGGGAGACGGAGAGGCAGACGGGGAGGAUAGGGAGGAGAAACAGAUCUCCUCUGUGGCCUAG